AUGAAAGAGGAGAGUGUUGGGCAACUGAUUCAUGCAGAAUUCGAGAUCCUUAUAGAAUUUCCGAACUUAUGCAAGACUCUGCUCAUAACUCGUAUUAAUUUCACUGAUCAUAUCCAAGCUAUAAGAACAGAUGCAAUUAACAACGAAAAAGUCAACAGUGAUGACAGUACCAUCUCUUUACUACAACUCGACUUGCUAGAUAUUACUACAAAAAACCCACAAACAAAGCAUUUUGUGGAAAGUUUGACCAGCGUUUGUCUGUUUCCAUGGAAUCAACCGAAACUAACUGGGGUGUGCAUCAAAGAAGAAUAUAGUCGGUGUAAACUUAAAAUGGAUGAGUUCCCUCUGACAGUUUUUAAUGGAUACCAGGCAAAAUGUAUCAAGGCUCAGAAAUGGAACUUGAAGAAAACAUCAUCACAACGUGAAACUCAAUUCUAA